AUGUUGACGCGCCUCUUCAGUGAACCCAGCUUGAUCCCAGAAGUUCAGAAAUUCUCCAGCUGGGCGGACGAUUGUGAAGAGGAUGAGUCGAGCGACAAAGAGGAGCGGAAAAGCAAGAGCUGCCCUCUCCAGGAGGAGCCGAACGACGCGGAGGUAAAAGAGGAGAACGACCUGGGCGCUGAUGAAGAGGAGGAGGAGGAGGAGGAGGAAGGGGUCGAGGAAGCGGAAGGCGAUCGGCCUAAGAAACGGGGCCCCAAAAAGAGAAAAAUGACCAAGGCCAGGCUGGAGCGCUCCAAGCUGCGGCGCCAAAAGGCCAACGCCCGGGAACGCAACCGGAUGCACGACCUCAAUGCCGCCUUGGACAACCUCCGCAAGGUCGUGCCUUGUUACUCCAAAACGCAGAAAUUGUCCAAGAUCGAAACCUUGCGGCUGGCCAAGAACUACAUCUGGGCCCUGUCCGAGAUCCUUCGCUCGGGCAAGAGGCCGGACUUGGUGUCCUACGUGCAGACUUUGUGCAAAGGCUUGUCCCAGCCGACCACUAACUUGGUGGCCGGUUGCCUCCAGCUCAACUCGAGGAAUUUCCUUACCGAGCAAGGCCAGGAGGCCGGGAGAUACCACGGGCCCAACUCCACCUUUGCCAUGCACCCCUACACCUACCAGUGCUCGCGGAUCUCCAGCGCGCAGUGCGCUUCCAGCACCAUGGCUAGCUCCCACGCCUUGCGGACGCACGCCUACUGCGCCACCUACGAGUCCCUCUAUGGGAACGCCUCACCAGACUACAAUAGCUCGGAAUACGAUGGGCCCCUGAGCCCCCCUUUGUGCGUGAACGGGAAUUUUUCCCUCAAGCAAGACUCUUCCCCCGACCACGAGAAAAAUUACCAUUAUUCUAUGCACUACUCCGCCCUCCCAAGUUCUCGCCCCUCCGGGCACAAUUUGGUGUUCGGGUCUUCCGGAAUGCGCAGUGGCGUCCACUCCGAGAACGUUUUGCCUUACGAGAUGCACCUCCAUCACGACCGAGGUCCGAUGUACGAGGAGCUCAAUGCUUUUUUCCAUAACUAG